AUGGCUCCAGAGCAGCUGCUAAAUGCACAGCAUCAAUCAGGCACUGCUACGGCAUCUAGGACAGUUAGGAGAAAAUACACGUCCAAGGCCUGCGAAGAAUGCCGGCACCGGAAGAUCGACUGCCGUUAUCGCUUCGAGGAAGAUGGGCGCCGCCCGGCCCCCAAGUCAUACGUCCAGCUUCUCCGGAACCGAAUCGAAGUCCUGGAACGAGUCCUGCGCUCACACGGCAUUGACUUCGAUGCCGAGGUAGCACGGCUCGCCGCAGAGGAUGACACCUCGCAGACAAUCCAGGCAUCCGCUUCCACUUUGCCCCAAAGCCAGAGCUCGGCCGAGUUUGAAGAGCUUUGUGUAGCAUUCGAGGGGGCCCUUUCCUUUGACGAGUCUUUGAAUUUCGAUCAGGAUGGCGAGCUUCGCUACUUUGGACCCACAAGUGGCCGCCUCGACUUCCACCCUUGCGGAUACAAAGGCACCGAUUUUCCAAGCGAUAUACCGCAGCCUUUGCCGCACGACAUCCAGCCAACCACUCUCACCCCACCCUUCGAAGAAGACCCAAUUGUGCCGGAACAUGUCAGAGAAGAACUCAUCGACCAUUACUUCCUCUAUGACCAACCUUGGCUUCAAGUGGUGAAUGAGGCCCUCUUCCGAGAAAGCUACCGCAGCGGUGGCCGCUUCUGCACCCCAUUGCUGCUGAAUUGCAUCCUCGCCCUCGGGUCCAGGUUUACCGAAAGACCGGACCUGCGUUCAGAUCCGGACGACUCCAACACGGCGGGAAUCGUGUUUCUCGACAAGGCGAAAGUGCUGCUAUCACUUGACAUGAAACGGCCGAGCACCACAACACUUCAGUCCCUUUGCCUCAUAUCAACCAUGUGCUUUGCAAUCGGAGCUGAUGCCGCUGGAUGGCUCCAUAGCGGCAUGGCCAUGCGUUUAGCUCUGGACAUGGGAAUGAACCUGGACUCGGACCUGCUGGCUCGUUCCGAACUCAUGUCCGCAGAAGAAGCAGAUUUGAGACGACAGAUAUAUUGGUCACUAUACUGUGAUGAUAAGCUGGCGGCAAGCUACACCGGUCGGGUUUGUACCAUGUUGGGUGUCGUCAAAAUCCCGUCAAACUCAAAGCCACCUCUGACUGCUCUCAUUUCACUGUCUCGUAUCUUGGAGAAGAUCCUCAUGGGCUUAUACGCCCCGAAACCUGCAUUGAAGGGUCAACAGAAGGCCCAGUUCCUUUCAUGCUGCAUUUUGGAACUGAAAAACUGGUUCUACGAUCUUCCGAGCGAAAUGCGCAUCGACAGGCUCUCAGAAAAACGCGCCCCGCAAGUCUACACGACGCACAUGGUCUACCACACCUCGUUCAUCCUCCUCAUGAAACCCUUCCUGGCCAAGGAUCAACCGGAAGAAGCCCAAAGCGCCGAGCGCAGCGACAUGGCCAAAAAGGCCGCUGCCAUCUGCCACGAGGCCAGCCGGCAGAUGAUCCUCGUCGCCCGCAAGUACCAACACCUGUACGGCAGCUUUCGCAAGAGCCCGGUGACGGCCACGCACUGCUCCCUCUCAGCCGCCCUGACCCUGAUGCACAUAUCGAAGCUGAACGGAGAAGAAGUGCCCAAGGCCAACAGCAAGCACGCGCGAAUGAUCGAGGCCUGUCUCGAGGUUCUGCAGGAGCUGUCUACUUCAUGGGAUAUCGCGAGGCGGCUUAGAGAGAACCUCGUGAAGCUUUACGAGCAGUUCUGCGGCAGCGAGGGAUCCCUCAACCAAGCAGCCCAGAGUGGCGCGUCGGGCAAUGUUGAGAAAACGAUUGACCAUGUUUCACAGCUUACGAGUCCGGCCGCCGACGACGCGUUGCCGUUCUUCUUGGAAGGGCCGUCCACCGAAGUUGGCGGCUAUAACGCUUUGGGAGACUUCACAGAGGACAUGCUAUUGGAUGAGUCUUUGUGGGGAACUGCAGGCCAAGACCUUACGUUUGACCCUCUACAGAGCGAAUACAUGGGUACCAGUUCUCUUGACCGCUGGCGCUUUGACGACAUAUGGUAG